AUGGAGGCACUCAACUUUCUCUAUAUUGCUCUUCACCGCGACAUCAUAGCGUCAACUGAAAAGGCGAAUGAUGAUAUUGAUUCUCUGUCUAGCUUGCAGGCUGAGCUUGUUCGCCGAGAGGAGAUUCUGAACAUUGAGUUGGGAGAAUCUAGAUACGAAAGAUUGUGCUUGAUGGAAACGGUGCGAGAUUUGGCUUUUGAAGCAGAUGUACUAAUGAAUUGGUUGAGAGUUAACGAUCAUAGAAAUUCUCAAAACAAUAUAGCCAACGAUAGUAUUGAAGACGCAUUUGAAGCUGCUGACGAGGAGUCCAAUCAAAUCCUAAAUCUCUCAUCUGAAGACAAAGCCAUUGGAGAUCUGUUAUAUGUGCUAGAAACCGCACUGCAACAAGGAGUAGUACCCUUUGACAAGUAUCUAAAGCACGUUAGAACCCUGUCAAGGGAGCAAUUCUUUCUUAGAGCUAAGAUAGUGAAACUAAGAGGCUCAGACAUGCUUUAUCAGUUAGAUGAGCCUUAA